UUAGGCUUUUGGCCUACCUUACAUAUUUGGUUUUAUUUGUAUUUUUUGGUUAGUGUUAAUGUUUUUUAUGUGCUAUUAAAUAAAUCAAAUCCUAGCCCGUUAAACUACUCUACAUCCAGGUAUAAUACAUGUUGUAGUUGCUGUCUCUUCUAAAUUGAACAUUAACCAUUGGCGUGUAACUUGAGGGAAAGGCACAGACACAAAGCUGAUGAUUGAUGUAGUCGAGUCAUUGUGAUGAUAAAUUUGUCAAUCCAUUACUACUUUGGUGACUGGGCUUCCAACGGUUCACGGAAUAGCAUUUUAAAGGUGAUCUCUUUUUCCAUCAGAACCGCGACACUGAGAAGAAUUCUAUACUGGUUGUAGGGACUAAUCAGGAAAGAAAUGCUGCCAAGCCCUGAUAACCUGUCUGAGUUGGACCAAGUAGAGGUCACAGAACCCCAGGAAACCCAAACAUACCGCAAACGUAAGAAGCCCUCAGGUCAUUUAUCUUCAUCCCAGAAUGGAUCUGUUAUCAUGGCUUUUCUUGAGAGAAAUGCUUUUGUUGUUCUUACAAUGGCCGCUGUUGCAUUAGGGAUUGGCCUGGGCUUUGCUCUGCGACACGUUAAGAUGUCAGCCAGGGAUGUAAAAUAUUUAACCUUUCCUGGAGAGCUGUUGAUGAGAAUGCUGCAGAUGAUGGUGCUUCCUCUCUUUGUUUCCAGUGUGAUCACAGGAAUGUCAUCUGUGGACAGGAAGGCUUAUGGGAAAAUUGGGCUAAGGGCCUUGGGCUAUUACAUGGUCACCACGCUUAUUGCUGCAUUCACUGGCAUUGCCUUAGCUGUUAUGAUCCAACCAGGGAAAUCAUCCAGGGCUGCCUCAGUGUCCUCUAGUGGUAAUGCAGAUGCUGCACAGCCUGUGGAUUCCUUUCUAGAUCUAAUCAGAAAUAUGAUUCCUUCAAAUUUGGUGGAAGCAUGUUUCAGAAAGUACAAAACAGUUUAUUCCACAAGUGUUUCUACCGGAAAAAGUAUUGGCGUCAUCAAUUUGACAGAGACCAGUACAAAAAAUGACACAGUACCAGUGCCAGGCACCUUAGAUGGAUUCAAUAUUUUGGGUCUAUUGGCCUUCUCUGUUGCCUUUGGCCUCAUCCUGGGUAGUAUGGACACUGAGGGAAAACCUCUGAGGGAUUUCUUUGACUGCCUCAAUAAAGCCAUAAUGCAUCUGGUCAACAUAAUCAUCUGGUAUUCUCCUGUGGGAAUCCUCUUCCUGCUGGCAGGACAGAUUGUGAGGAUGACAGACACUGUGGAGAUAGGGCAUGAAGUUGCCAUGUAUACUCUCACUGUGAUUACUGGCCUCCUAAUCCACAGCCUCCUCACCCUUCCCCUCAUAUAUUUCAUGGUCACACGUAAGAAUCCCUUUGUGUUCAUGGCUGGUCUACUCCAGGCUCUCACCACUGCCUUUGGUACUUCAUCCAGUUCUGCAACCUUACCUGUGACAUUUUACUGUAUGGAAGAAAAUCAUAACAUGGACAAAGGAGUGACACGCUCCAUGCUCCCUGUUGGGGCCACAAUGAACAUGGAUGGUGCAGCACUCUAUGAAGCUAUAGCUGCGUUAUUCAUUUCCCAGGUUAAUAAUAUGGAUUUUAACCUGGGUCAAAUCAUUGUCCUCAGUUUGAUUGUCACAGCUGCAAGCACUGGUGCAGCAGGCAUCCCACAGGCUGGCAUGGUAUCCAUGGUGAUUGUGUUGGAAUCAGUUGGACUACCCACUGAAGACAUAUCAUUGCUCAUGAUAGUUGAUUGGAUACUGGAUCGGCUGAGGACUACCACCAAUGUGCUGGGUGACUGUGUCGGUGUGAGUGUAGUGCAGCAUCUCUCCAGACAUGAGCUGCAGUGCUGCAGCCCUGCAGAAAAAAGCUUGUUGGAAGAAAGCUCCCCGUUAUGAGCACCAUGAGGCUUUGCACCAUCUUACAUGUUUUUGUAGAGUAAUAAAAAAAUGUCUUUGUUAAAUUGACAAGGUACAUUUUACUACCCAGUAUACGGUAGUAGUAGAUAAUCAUUUAGCUUGCAAUAUGGACAGUUAUCCCCAGGAACACCUUUUAGCUCUUCAAAAGAAACAGUCAAAGAAACCCUGUGACUUGCCGAUGUUAGUGGAAUAGACAUCAGGAAGGGGAAGGGCUUCUCCUGUGUGAAUUAGUUGACCCUGCUUCUGCUCAUAUUAGGAAGAGUAAUAUGCUUUGGAGACAUAACCCUCAGCACUACAGGCACAGAAGGGAUUAGCAUCACACUCCCUGCAGCUCUGCAUUUUCAGCUUGAUGCAUGACAUGCUGGUGUUCUAUGUAUGUUUGAUAUAAAAUGUCAAACUUUAGGAAUUGAUAAAACUAGUAUAGACUGACAGUAUUUGCACAGAGAAUAUACAUGUUAUUAAUAAAUUAGUCAAUUUUUGCAUGUACACUGUGACUAGUGUUGUCUAGGGUGUGUUUUUAGUCUGAUUUUGGCCCCAUAAUGCUUACAUUUUUUGAUAAAACCUUUGGCUUCCAUUAUUUCCCACUGAUAUAAUUCCUUUCUUGAAGAACAUCAGAGUGUACUUUGUGGAUUGUGGAAAAUUAGAUUGAUGUUGAAUAGUAUAUCUCAACUGGGAUUAGACCAGCACCCUAUUUCCUUCCUUGGUGCAUUGUAGAUAUGUCUAUCAUAGGGAACACUCUACCACCAUCUGGUGGCAGGACCGACAACACUCAAGACAAAAACUGUCUGUGACCCACUUACACUUAAAUUAUGAAUAUAAAUACAUACAGAACAGUUUAGCAAUCAAUGAAAGUAAACACAAUACAGUGUGAGCCUGGAACUGAAACAAGAGUUGUUGCAAAAUGGGUGUGCAGUUUUUAAGGGAAACACAACAGAACAUUCCAAUUUCAUCUUAUUGACUAUAAAACACUCAAAGAUCUUUAGAUUGUUCUCAAAAUAAGUAAAUCUAUAAAUAAAUCUAGGCAAUUUUAUUCUUUGAAAUAAGAUGGAAAAACUAUAACUUAUUUAAAAAAAAAAAAAUGUUCUCGAACACCUUAAGCUACCUUAACUAUUUUCAGCAUCUCUUAACAGUACCUGAUUUAUGGAAAAACAAAUGCUUUUAGUCACAAGUCUGGGCAUGUUGCAGUGUGUCAGUGCUAUGCAAAGUAGCGUUAUUAAUAGAAUACUGUAAACAUACCCAAAAUGCAUUUUCUUGCCAAGCAACCAAUGGCAGGAGAAGAAUAGGAAACUGUGGCUGCCCCCACUGGGUGAUGAGUGUACUGCCAGAGAGAAGCCACUCUGUGUCACCGACAUCGCCCAGAGCUCAGUGCAGCUGUGAGGACAGAGAGGGUGGGAGGGAAGGAGGGGGUGUGAGCAUCACAGCUAGGGAGCAAGAGAAAAGGAAUUCAUUGGAGGAGGGAUUGUAAUUAAGAAGGAGAGAGGUUAAAAGAGAUGGUGAGAAAAGGCAAGAAAGUGAGAGAGUGUAUGUACAGUAUAUAUGUGUGUGUGUGUGAGGGAGGAAGAUGCUGUUGCCAGGGAACAGCAGUGAAGUAGAAACGUCGAGAUUGCAGUAGGGUCAAAACACGUUAAAUUGUGGACACAAAAUGGACUGAACGCGUGGAGAAGGAAAACAGCGGAUCCUGACUCCCAGCAUCUUAAGAGAAUCAAAGAGAAGGUACAGUAGGAUGACACAUUUUCUCUCUCAGCCGCAUCAGUAAACAGCAGGAAUCAUCCAGCAGCCCAGAUCCUGAGCACUCCAGUGUCCCACUUGCGGAUGUAAACAAUGAGGACCCCUACUCUGCUCAGGCAGAUUUAAGGAGGAGGUAGAAAUUUAAGAGGAGACAC